AUGCUCCAGAUGCCACCACCCCCCCCAAUUCCUGAUCCACCCAACGGUCCGGCCAUUGACUCCGUCCACCCGAGAGAGGAGGACGUGGUGGAGGACCAUGUCAAUGGGACGAUGCAACCUUGCCGAUGCGCCGAUUGCGGGAAGAGCUUCUCGGCCUCCAACAAACGCCGGCGGCUCUUGACCGGCGCCGAACGGCCGUGUAAGUGCGCCGACUGCGGGAAGAGCUUUCUUUGGGGUCCCCGUGCGCGUCCGGCGCCGGAGAGGACCCACAAGUGCUGCCAGUGUGGGAAGAGCUUCACGUACCGGGCGGAGAACGUCAAGCACCAAGGGACGCAGACGGGGGAGAAGCCCUACACCUGCCCCGAGUGCGGGAAGAGCUUCGGGCAGAAUUCGGCGCUGGUGAAGCAUCGCCGGAUGCACACGGGCGAGAAGCCCUACAAGUGCGGGGAGUGCGGGAAGAGCUUCAGCGUCCGCUCCAACCUCAUCAAGCAUCAACGGACCCACCUCGGCGAGAAGCCCUACAAGUGCCCCGACUGCGGGAAGGGCUUCACCUACAAGUGCGGGGAGUGCGGGAAGGGCUUCGGGCAACGCUCGGCGCUGGUGAAGCAUCGCCGGAUCCACACCGGUGAGAAACCCUACGCCUGCGGUGACUGCGGGAAGGGCUUCAUCCAGAAGUCGGACCUGACCAUCCACCGCCGGAUGCACACCGGCGAGAAGCCCUACCUACCGGAGAUGCCCACCUCAGUCCCGGGGAUGCUCAAACCAGUACCAGAGCUGCUCAAACCAGUCCCAGGGCUGCUCAAACUGGGCCCGGGGAUGCCCAAACUGGGCCCGGGGAUGAUUUUCCCAGUAUCAGGGAUGCUCGGCUAA